AUGCGUCUACUCUUACCAAUCCUUGUGCUCCUUCCCCUCGGAGCACUUUCUUUGUCUCCUCCUUCCUCUCGCACAGCACCGCCGUCAGGCGCAAAGAUUGUUCGCGUUGGUACCACGACCUCUGGAGAGUUUGCCACACUCGGCGCGGCUGUCGCCGCGCUUCCCUCGGACUCAUCAUCACAGACUAUUUUCAUAUACCCUGGGACAUACAACGAACAAGUAUUGAUUCAACGUUCAGGACCUGUCACGCUAUUAGGCUACACAUCCAAUCCAGGCAGCUACGCCGCCAACCAAGUCAACCUCGUCGCAUCGAAUGCUGCCUCAUCCGGGCUUUCGGACGACGAGACAGGCACGCUUCGAAUACACUCCAACAACGUCGCCAUAUACAACAUCAACAUUAAAAACAGCUUUGGAGUAGGCUCCCAGGCCAUCGCAUUGAGCAACUACGGGGACAAGGUUGGAUGCUAUUCGUGCGGGCUGUAUGGAUAUCAGGACACGCUGCUCGCGGAGCAGGACACCCAGGUGUAUCUACAAAGCUAUAUUGAGGGCGCGACCGAUUUCAUCUUUGGACAAACCGCGCAAGCCUACUUCGAGGGCAAUACGAUUUCCAUGAAAGCCAACGGCUAUGUCACGGCAUCGGGCAGGGAUUCUAACAACUCGGCAAUUUGUGCGUACACUCGCUACGUCUUCAACCGAAAUACCAUUCAACUCGCGCCAAACCCAGGAUCAACGAGCGCCUUGUAUCUAGGUCGUCCAUGGAGAGACUAUGCCCGCGUUGUAUUUUUGAACACAUAUGUCACGGCUCCUUUGAACAAGGCUCUUUGGUCUGUUUGGAGUAGCACGGCAGCUCAGACGGACCAUGUUUUCUUUGCGGAUUACAACACGACCGGACCCGGCAUCCCGACCAUUUCUCGAGCCUCUUUUGCGACCAAACUGUCAGCGAGCCAGGCUGCUUCAUACACCCUGGCCAGCACAAUCGGGACAACCUCUUGGGUUGAUAAAAGCUACUUGUUUUAA